CGCAUUGGUUGGAAGCGACAGAUCUCGAUUGUUUCAUCGGUUACAUAGUUAGUCCUUUCUCCAAGCAGCUGGGCGUAAAGGAAGUGAAGGCGGGAAAGCCUUCCGGCGUGGUACUUGUGCGAAAUAGCUUUUAUUGACAGUGUAAUGCUAAAUUACACAACGCUAUUUUAUAUUGCAGAGGGAGGGGUCAGUAAGUAUUGUGGAAAAGUUGCAGCCCAACAACCUCCCCCUUCCCUGUCUGGGAAGGCUUCCUGACUGUUUUAAUUUAAUUUUAAUUCUCAGCCCCCGCUCCCCCGGAAUGUUUUGUAUUUCUUAUACUCUUCUCCUGAGGAUUAGAAUUUGGGAUGGUUCUGAUUGCUGGAAAAACACGUGUAGCCGCUCGGUUCUAGUUCAGUUCGAUUAUUCUUAGGGACUCGAAGUAUGGAUUUUUAUGAUUCCUCGCAUUGGAAUUUUUUAUUAUGUAACGUUUAAUUUUUUUGGCUACUUGUUUUGAUCGCGUUUACGUAUUGCGAGCCUCUCAGAGUUCGUUGACAAUUGGAACAGCAUAUACUUAAAUUAACAUUUUGUUAAUUACCCCACCUCCCAGUUGCUUCCUCAAAAUAGACACUAAACUAUGAUUAAUAUUUCUAAUAUACUGCAGUAAAAGUUCUCGUCUCUAAGCCUUCCUCGGCCCGCUUUCCACUUGGUUGCUACUGCUGCUAAGGAAAUCCCAAGUCAACCCGGAAGGCAAUCAAAGAGAAGAAUAUGGUGCGCAAACUGAAAUUUCAUGAGCAGAAGCUUCUCAAGAAGCUAGACCUGGUGAACUGGGAAGCUGCAGCAGGCAAUCUAGCCGAGCUGCGUGUGCUCCGUCGUUACCGUAUACAACGGAGGGAAGAUUAUACUCGCUACAAUCAGCUGAGUCGGGCUGCUCGGGAGCUGGCUCGCAGGAUCAGAGACCUGGGUGAUGUACCAGAAUCAGCAGGUUUCCGUGCUAGGAGCACUGCGGCUCUUCUGGAGAAGCUUUAUGCUAUGGGUGUGGUGACCUCUAAGAGCUCUCUUGAGCAGUGUGAUCGAGUCUCAGCCUCUUCCUUCUGCCGUCGCCGUUUGCCUUGUCUGCUCUUAAAGCUCCGCAUGGCGCAAAACCUGAAAUCUGCUGUGACCUUUGUGGAGCAGGGUCAUAUCCGGGUGGGACCAGAAGUUGUAACAGACCCAGCAUUCUUGGUGACCAGGGCCAUGGAGGACUUUAUUACCUGGACUGAUUCCUCUCGCAUCCGACAACACGUACUCAACUACAAUCAGGAACGGGAUGAUUUUGAUCUGACUUGUUAAGAACAACCUUCCUUUUCUUUGGUUAUGCAUCUGGGUGGAUUGUAGGAUUACACCUCAAGUGUUUAACUCAGUUGGACUCAGCUAGCUUCAGGAGGUGCCCUGCUAGCAGCUUUCUGUCUUUUAUUUUUGUUUUGCUUGUUUAGUUGUAUUAAAUGCGGACUGUAAACUAAACACACCCAUGUGUGAUCAGCUGCCAAUAUUUAUCACUUGGGUUUCUGCCAGAGAGAAGUGGAGGACAACAAUCCCAUAUGAGCAUCUUGAAAAACAAAAUGUACUUGCAAAACAUUCUGUGUCUCCCCUUUUAUUGACUUCAUUUUGGGCCACAGUGAAGAUUAAUAACUGGAUUACAUCUGACCUCUUCCCAGAAGACAGUAUCAGGUCUUGUUCCAUCUAGAAUGCUUUAAUUAAAACACAUGUUAUUAUUUCCUUUCUGAUCAAGAUGGGUGGCUGCCAACAAGAAAUCUACGCAGCCAUUAUUUUAAGAUUUCUUUUUUCUUGGCAUCUCGGCAAGUUUAUGUUCUGUUUGUUUCUAUAGUAACAUGUUCCUUAAUAGUGAACAAGCUGUUAUGCCAAUGCUAAAUUGUUGGCUAGAACUUCAGGUUUUGAACUGGUUAUUGACUGUAUGUCUUUAUGUUAUCCAUAAUAGCUUUUAUUAUGAUGGAAAGAAAUUUACUCUGGUUAUGAUUUUCAUAUUGUGUAAUACCUCAAAACAUUAAUUUUGAGAUCAGUUUUGGAGCAUAAGAUAUUUAGAAUGUUUGUAUUCACUGUAAAAUCAAAUUUACUUCUGUCUUUGUACAGUUUAAAACAAAUCGUGUGCUUCCCGAAUCCUAUUAAUAAACUGCAAAUUGGAA